CGUUAGAGAGUUAAAUUGCUAAACAUAAUUAAUAAUGUAUGCAUUGAAGCCUUAAAAUUAUGAUGAAUAUCUUUUAUGAUGAAUAUAUUACAUCUAUGUGAAUUUCAUUAAUUCUCACGUUUCUUACUGGUAUGAUAGCCUAGAUUGUUGCUCUAAGUCAAUGUCGAUAAAGACUAUUUUCGCGCGUACACUUAGAACCAAAAUGGCAGGAAGGGUAACAUUUCGCAUUAAUCGCUGUAAAGUGAAGAUUACAUUGUGAUUUUCGUAAAGUGAAGUGUAUGUGUAACGUGUGUUUAUAGAAAUGUGGAGAUAGUUAAUAAAAUGGGUUCACAAACACUAGAGAUAUUGCGUCAAGGUGUUUGGGCGUCUUUAACUGGGGGAUGGUUUUAUGAUCCACAUCAAAAUUUGUUUUGCAACACGGUCCACCUUUAUAUCUGGCUGUUUCUACUAUGCGUACCGUUCUCAGUCUAUUUGUAUUUCCCACCAUCAAGCUUAGGUUGGAUCAUAUAUUGCAUCCUUGUAGCUGUACUAUUCACAGGAUUAAAGCUUCUGAAUAGAAGCCUACAUCAUUUGUAUGACACCUCCGAGUUCAUAGUUGUACAACCUUCUGAUGACCCUAACACCUCAAAUGAGAACAAUACUACGGACGAGGGCAUCGAGAUGCAGAUGAUGAAAUUGACAGCUGCAGCCGCAUCUGGAACUGACAAUGAAUCAGUCACAUCCCUCGAGUACCACAAACCCAACAAUAGCACUAUAGAUUUAAAAGUAGACGUCCAUCGUAAAAACAGUUCCGAAACAAGCAUAGAAGACAGCGCUAUAUCAUCGAAACAAGCAGAGCCUGUAGCGACUACGAAAUCAGAUUUAUGUGUCGCUCAACCGGCAGACGUUCCCGGUCCAUCAAGAAGCCGUCCAACAAAUAGAAGUAAAUCCAGAUCAGGCAGAAGAGAACAGAGAACUUCCAAAAGAAGAACUUACGGGAACAGAAUAGAAGAAUUGAUCGAAGCUUCUAGAAACCCUCGUACAGAAAGCAACGUGCCCAAUCAUAUUUUAGUAGAAGACGGUCCCUUUGCAAAAGUUAGUCGGCGGUACAAUGAGUGUCCCCACAGACGACCUACAAACCGGGAUUGUUUUAAAGAAUGGUUGUAUUUAGAUGGUCAUGAAGCUGGGGAGCCGUAUCAAUCCAAAUUUGCCCGACAGCUGAGCUCCGACUCUAGGGAUAACUCGGAGCCCAGCGUCGGCCCUCCGUCACCAAAAAAACGUAUAGCUCACAGGCGUAGAUACACUAUAUAUCCUUACGAAAGCUGUACUAAGUCUGCGAUGGCUUUAGCGACCGGUCAAUCAUCUAAUAUGAGAAGGAAUUCAAACUCCACGAUGUCAACUAUACAAUUGCCCCUUCUGAAUUCGACUGCACAACUGGUUUCCCAUAUGAGAAGACAUUCUAACAACGCUGAUACAGGGUUUUUUGCCAGCGUUGAACUUGGCGAGUACAUGAUGGUUAAAAAGGAAGCACCAGUAGGAGACGUUGAAAAGAAUAAAGGGAAAAGCCCAGGCGUUCGAAGAAUAAAAAGUGCUGCUCUAGAAAUAGGGUGUCCACUUCCUAGUGUAUCUAACUUAUCCCCCCAUCCUAAUAGUGCUGAAACGAUAGGUGGUCAAAUGUUAAAGAACCCCAAAAGUGCUGUAAUACCUCCCCCCAGCAAAAGUCUUACGCGAGGCCCCCAUUUAAAUCUUUAUCCCAAAAAUGAGAACGGAGAGGGCUGCAGUUACCCUUACUUGACAUACGGAUCCGAAAUUGUUUAUCCCAUAGCAGAAAUUUCUGAUGAAAUGCAGACAUCCCAAAAAGAGACUGAUUUAGACUCUAGCGGUGAGAGUUAUAGUGAUUACGAUGAUGAAAAGCAGUUCCGGGGAUUUGAUUGGGAUGCUGAACAGUCUCUGGCGAUGAGAUCCAGCGACUCGGACUACGAGAACAACGGUUCCAGGUCACCAUUGUUAGAAAGGCCACCUGGAAUCAGAGUGGUCCGAACGAAGAGCCACGGUGAUUCAAAAAAACAUUGUUGUGAACGCCACAGCAAUUCCAAACACAAUCAGGACUCUCAAUACGACAGAUCUAAGUGUGUCAGAUUAAAAAGAUUCAAACAUGAACUAGACAAUUAUGAAAAGCAUGCUGAAAGGCAAUCGGCACCUUGCGAUUGCAAAUCUAAUGUUGUAUAUUUCGACAAAACUAGUGCGAGCUCAAAAGAUUUGCUAAUAGAGAAAUCUAGCUUAGAAUCAAACGAUAAUCCACAACAAGAGAAAAAAGUAGAAGAAUCAAAAACUGUCGAGAAAAAACUGUGGGACCACGAUAUAUUUAAUUCUAGCAGCAGUAGUAGUUGUGACGUAGAUAGACCUAAUACUAAUGUUGAUAAGAACCACAUUCCGGAGACAGAGGAAUCACAGCUAACUGGUGACAGUAAAAGUGCAGAUGAACGAAGUGUAUAUAGUUUAGACUGGUUGUUUGAAGAGACUGCUAAACGUGGCGUUUACAAAGAAGACUCUCUCAAUCCUGACGAGGUUUUAUCACAAAACGUCGCAAUCGCCCUAGGAGAGUCCUCGGUUAAUGUCCCAAAAAAUUUAGGAGCUAUACCGAAGCAAUUAAAGAGCGCGACGCGGUCCCGUGCUUCAUCUCAGAAAGAAAACAAGAAAAGGGAUUCAAAAAAGGAAAAAGACGAUAGCCAAAAUGAGGAAAGAAUGCUCAUGGAGUCGGCAGAGGCGCAGGCCGCUUGCGCCUUAGUUCAAGGGUUGGAGUGUUUGUUUGCUGCGACGAACGCCAACACGGUCGUGAUGCCCCCUCCAAACCGAGACGAGCGAUCCAGGGCUCACAGGCAAAGCCUCCGCGGUGACAGAGAAAACGUACAUAAAACUAGGAAACGAUCUAUAGAGGAAGUAGCCCAAACAUCAACAAGCACUCUCUUGCCGACAUCAAUGCCACUUUUGGCGGCCUUUUUAAAUUCUAGAGUGGAUUUUACCCCUUGCUGUGCUUCGACAAUGGGGCAAGCCUGUGAGAAUACUACGACAGAACCAUCACAAACUCAGGAAGAUGGUCAAAGGCUCCGACCAUUGAUGGACCGCAACCAUCGACAUAGAGUCAGAAAAAUCAAACGCUCCACCCGUAAAAGGAAUAACUCUUCGUCGCAGAACAACCCCGAGACUAAGGACAACCAGUCCAAUGCUGAAAAUUGUAAUAGUUCAACUAACGUUCACUUUGCUAAGUCAUUUGAUGACACGAGCGACGGAGCCAUACACUGUUUCAUGGACGAAUACGGUAAUUGGAUGUCGUAUACUUUCGAUAAAAACGGCUGUGCUCGUGUGCAAGCGCAGCCCAUACCGCUACCGGAGAAAGAGGACGGAACCAGGAUAAACAGGGUAACCCCCACAGACACGGCGGCGGACAAUUCCCAGGAGACCGCUGGCGAAGGUAGCUGCGGCUCCCUGGAGUCUGAAGCUGGAAACAGCGAGAGCUUAGCGAAGACCAAACGCGGGGACAGCCUGGACCGGAGCUCCUCCAACCAAGGCAGCAACAACCCCUUACUGUCGAGCAGUAAUAACGUUUCGACGGUAGUCCCAAUAAAUACGAAUACUUCCAAUAAACGGUUUUAUGUUUUCGACGGCGGGACCGGAACGCACACAGAUCAGCCUCGCUCGCCUGUGGCCUACGUCACGGAUAGCUUGCUAGAACAAAUCGAAGCAGAGAGGCAGUCCCGAAUGGGCCUGCCUAGUAUGCACAUUAAUUUGCUCAUGAGGGAGCAGAGAGCUCAGCAGCAAGCACAGCAACCGGCAGUGGAAACUGCGUCGACGAAUAACGUUUCGAGCAUGAUGCCGGCAAUAGGAGAAAUCUCCGAAGAUAAUGUCGAAAUACACUUCAGAAAUACAAUAUCGAAGCUCAUAGAUGAGAUCGGUAAAAUGAAUCAACCAAAGCCCCCGCCUGACCAGCCCAAGGGCUACUACAAAUACAAACUGUCCAAAUGUAUGGAAGUUAAAGUUACAAUGGACAGACUAAAGUUGAUGGCGUUAUUCGACAGAAACUUGACAUUUUCGGAGACUUUGAUUACGAUACUGCUGGCCGUCAUGGUGUCGGUGUUGGGUUCCAUGGUGCUAAGCCUCGGCUUCUACAGGGACAUAUACGCGUUUUGGUUUUGUUUCAUAAUAGCCGGAAGUCAAUAUUCGUUGUUGAAAAGCGUUCAGCCGGAUUCGGCAUCGCCCGUCCACGGCUUCAAUAAAAUGGUGCUCUUCUCUCGGCCGGUGUACUUUUGUUUAUGUACAGCACUGUUGUGCGGGGUGCACACGUACAUGCAGCAGAGCGGGGCGUCCUCAGACGAACAUUCCAGAAGUAAACGUAGCGCCGUAGAAAUGAAACCCUUGACGAUAUACGGCUUCCAAAUGAACGAAAGGGAUUUUUUGUACGUCGUUCAAGAAAUAUUAUCGAAGUUCCUUUUGUUCUUUCCGCUCGCUUUUAGCUUGGGACUAUUCCCGCAAGUGAACACUUUCCUUAUGUACUUGCUGGAACAAAUUGAUAUGCACAUUUUUGGUGGGAACGCGACAAGCAGUCUUAGCGCCGCUGUAUACUGCGUAGCUCGCUCGAUAGCGGCCGUCUGCAUACUUUACGGGUUCGCGUAUAGCGGCCUGAUCGAAGGCAAGAAAUCUCAACAUCAGAAACACAAUAUUCUUUUCUCCAUAUUCUGCGGCCUAUUGGUUCCUAUAUCUUACCACUUAAGUCGCAGUGCGAGCGAUUACACACACAUUUGGAACUUGAUAAAGAAACACCUACUUCCACCGGAGCUGUAUGUGGUGCACGGUCCCGAAUGCGCGCCCGAACCAGACAAAACAGAACCGAGCUUACUGGCCGAAGACAAGAAGGACGGCUCUGAAAGCAACAUCUCCAAGCAGAACUCGAUUGGAAGCUCCGCCUCUAAAAUCAACUUCAGUUCGGAGACGAAUAUCGCGCGGACUCAGAAGAGGUCUCACGCGUCGAGUGCGAGCUCUUUGAAGAUGGACCCCAGGGGGGACACGAUGAAUUCUACGACCUCUUUAAGGACGGAUCCGACCGCGGAAGCUGAAGACAAAAGUCAAGACUCAAUGAACACCUCGAAGCAAGACAAUACAGACAAGCCUGAUGAGGAGGAUAUGGAGGAUCCGUUGCCGAAAAAACUGCAGGCCACUGUCAACGCGCGACUGAAGAACGACGUUAUAGUCUGCACCUUCCUCGGUCUCUUUGUGUUCGGUCUGCACUGCACCACAGUUUUCACCACGCUCAAACCACAACUCAAUACGGUGCUAUGGAUAAUAGCUGGUAUAUUAGGUUGGAUACUGCACUACCUGUUGCCCCAGCUACGCAAACAACAGCCGUGGCUGUGCUUAGCGAGCCCGGUCUUGAAGCAGCACGAGCAUGCGCAGUACGAGGUCACGGAGCCGGCCAAGGUUAUGCUGUUCGAAAAGUUGUUCGUGUACCUGUGCUUCGUGGAGCGGAACGUUGUGUACCCGGCCGUGGUGGUGGCGGCCACCGCGCAAGACGCGCCCGCCCUCGCGCUCAAGUACGGGGAUGCCGUGGGGGCGUUGCUGGUCUGCGUGUGCGCCCUCAAGUGUCUUCGACACGCAUAUUCGGAGCCGGACAGCCAGUACCUGAUAGUGGUGUUCGCGGUUCUGAUCUUCCAGAAGGAUCUCAGCAGCCGGGGUACUUCAGAAACGUUUCUAGUCGAUUAUUUCGUAACGGCCAUUAUAUUCAGCAAGGUCUAUGAAUUUUUACUAAAGGUACAGUUCGUUGUGACGUACAUAGCGCCGUGGCAGAUCACGUGGGGCAGUGCCUUCCACGCCUUCGCACAGCCCUUCUCGGUGCCGCACUCCGCCAUGCUGUUCCUGCAGGCAGCCCUCUCCGCCCUCAUAUCAUCGCCUCUGACGCCAGCCCUAGGUAGCGCCAUCUUUAUGACGUCAUACGUGCGUCCGAUAAAAUUCUGGGAACGCGACUACAACACCAAGAGAGUCGACCAGAGCAACACCAGGCUGUCGUCGCAACUGGAACGGAACCUGGGGUCUGAUGACAACAAUUUAAAUUCGAUAUUCUACGAGCACCUGACGCGCUCGUUGCAGCACUACCUGUGCGGAGACCUCAUGCUGGGCCGCUGGGGGCAGGUGCAGCAGGGGGACUGCUUCGUUUUAGCAUCAGAUUAUCUGAACUGCCUAGUGCAUAUAGUUGAAAUGGGGAAUGGACUAGUGUCCUUCCAACUAAGAGGCUUGGAGUUCAGAGGCACUUACUGCCAGCAGAGGGAAGUGGAAGCGAUAUCCGAGGGACCAGAGGAUAAUAGCGAGGGCGCGUGCGGCGGGCGCUGGUGGGUGUCCCCGGGCGCGGCGUGGGCGCUGCGGUGGCUGGCGUGGCAGCUGGCGGCCGCGCGCUACGUGCUGGAGGGGUACUCCGUGUCCGACAACAGCGCCGUCUCCAUGCUGCAGGUGUUCGACUUCCGGAAGGUGCUGCUCACCUACUACGUCAAGAGCAUCAUUUACUACACGAUACAGUCGAGUAAGUUAGAAGAGUGGCUGGCCUCUCCCACAAUAGCCGAGGCUUUGAAACCAAUAAAUGAGAGGAACUUCGUCGACUUGGAUCCAAUAUUCAAUGUUAAUCUGGAUGAGGAUUACGAUUUUCGAGCAUCUGGGAUCACAAAGAGCAAGUUCGUGUCGGUGUACGGCGAGUGGGUGUCGGUGUGUGCGGCGCGGCGGGGCGGGGCGGGGGGCAGGCGGCGCGGCGCGCGGGACGGCUCGCUGGUGGCGCUGUGCUUCGCGCUCAGCCUGCUCGGCCGACGAGCGCUCGCCGCUGCACAGCACCUCUCCGCCUCCAGCGUGGAGUUCUUCCUGUACGGGCUGCACUCGCUGUUCAAGGGCGACUUCCGCAUCACGUGCGCGCGCGACGAGUGGGUGUUCACCGACAUGGCGCUGCUGCACGCGGUGCUGGCGCCCGCCGUGCGCAUGGCGCUCAAGCUGCACCAGGACCACUUCAUGUUCCCGGAGGAGUACAGCAGCAGCUCGGCUCUGUACGCGGCCAUCUCCGCGCACUCGCAGCGCCUCGUCAUCUGCCACGAGGCGGCGCCCGCCUGGCGCUACAACGUGCUGCGGGGCGCGCCGCACCUCCUGGCGCUCAGACACGUGAUGGACGAGGGCAUCGACGACUACAAAAUAAUAAUGCUGAACAAACGGCACCUCGGCUUCCGGGUCAUCAAGCUGAACCGGGAGUGCGUCCGCGGGCUGUGGGCCGGCCAGCAGCAGGAGCUGGUCUACCUGCGGAACCGGAACCCGGAGAGGGGCUCCAUACAGAACGCCAAGCAGGCCUUGAGGAACAUAAUCAACUCGUCGUGCGACCAGCCCAUAGGGUAUCCCAUCUACGUGUCGCCGCUCACCACCUCGUACGCGGACACGUCGCCGCCCGUGCGCCGCCUACUGGGCGCCGCCGUGUCCGCGCGCGGCAUCCGGCGCCGCCUCGCGCAGCUGUGGCGGCGCGUGCGGCGGCGCUGCGGCGAGGGCUGCUCCAGCGGCGCCGCGUGCGAGGCGGGCGCGGGGGGGGAGCCGCGCACGCCAGCCCCGCCCCCCGCGCGCACUUCGCUCGCCGGUACGCGAGGCAGCCUGGCCAGCGCCGGCAAGCCCGCGUCCACGCUGGCGUCGCUGGCGGGGCUGCUGCGGGAGCACUCGCACGAGCGCGCGCUGGAGGAGGCCGCAGUUUAUACGGAAACCGUCGAGAGUCGGCGUCGCAGCGAAGAUCGGUCUUCAGCUGGGCGGAGAGAGAAAGCGCCGCGACCCCGGGCGCACCCGCACCAGAGUGACGGCAGGAGGAUGCGACGUGAGCGAGCUCUGCCGGCUUCCUUCCGCCUGCUAGCAGCCGAUGCUGCCCACUCGCACGCGCACGACCUGCCGCAGAGCACCGGGGGCAGCAACUGGGAGUGCGGCCCGCGCGAACAGCCCCGGAGAGCCGCCAGCGUCAAGGUCACGUGCGGCGAGGACGAGUCCUCCCUGGAGGACGUGGCGGCCGGCCUGGACCUGUCCCUCUCGCUGCCCGACUGCAAGAUCAUAGCCAACAGGAAUGCCAGAUUUUUCAUAAACGAAGGCACAUCGAAGGACCUCUCGAAGAUAACCAGGGAGAUCCGCCACGAGCGGGAGAGCCACCGCGGGCUCGCCGGCCGCUACACGGAGCGCCCCGACGCGCCGCCCGCCGACCGGGACGCCGCGCUCAAGAAGGACAGCAAAAAGGAACCGAAAAACAAGGAGAUAAAGACUAAAAUCAAACGUUCCGAAUCUGGCAGGAGCUCUGGGCGCUCCUCGGUGAGCGUGGGCAGCAAGGUGCUGAUCGUGGAGCCGCUGGGCGUGUACGACUGCAUCAACCUGGGCCGCCGCAUCGACGUGCACUGGCCCUGCGACCUGCAGCGCCUGCGCGGGGGGCGCAGCGCCUGGGGCGCCUGGGUGCCCGCGCCCGGCAUGGACGGACUGGUGGUGCACAAGUGGACGCCGAACCACAGAGACCCGAAGCUGAGGUCGCACGUCGACAAAACGAUCCUCCUCGUGCAAAUCGACGACAAGUACGUCCCGAUAGCCGAGAACUGCGUCCACGACCUCGGCGAUGAAGUGUGAACUUUAAACGCGUGCGCGUAAAGUUGAAAAUCGAAUAAUUGUCGAGGCCUCGAGGUACGAUUGAAAUGUAAACUUCUUUAAUCGGACUAAAUAAUUGACGUAGCAUUGGAAUUUGAACUUUAAAACCUUGAGGGUACAGUGUGAAAUAGAUAGGACUGAAUUUUGUGACGGGGAUAACGUUUAACUUCGAAGUAAAUAAAUAUAAAAAACAUUUGUCACAAAUUCAUGCUAUUAUAGAUUUUGGAAUGUUUUGAGUCACAAAAAUGUUCAACGCCUUCAAUAAAUGAAUUGGACAUAUGUAGUUUCACAGGAUGUUCACUUUUGAUCUUAUAUAUGUAUAAUAGUAUUAUGUUUUAUAAGAGAAAUCAAAACAACCGAAAAAAAACUAGUGAAAAAUGAUUUUAAAAUGUGUAUUCUGACUUCUCAUAUCUAUCUUAUUAAGAAAAUAAAUUUGGCUUAUGAAUAAACAGUCUGAUGUGUGUGUCUGAAAAGUAAAAUUCAACCAAACAGCCAUUGAUGUAAAGAUUGAUUUUCUAUGUUAACGAUAUUGUAAAUAUUAUGUGUUUGAUUGACCAUUCUGUUGUAUGUGUAAUUGAAACCCUGUCCUCAAUCAUAAUUAUAUGUACA